CGUAGCACAUCCGCUGAUUGAUACGCUUCGGAUGGAUGAAGGCGACACUGCGUGCUCGUCCGGUUUGCGGUUUUGCUUUGUAUUUACUGAGUACACCUUGAAGGAUAGCGUAGACUAAACAACGGGAUUUAUCACAACAAAGCCUCGGUGCGCUUUGAACCGUCUCUCUGGCUAGCAUAGCUUGUAAGCUGCUAACGAAGAGGCGGAAGUUAGCAACACAUGCUAGGUGUUGUUAUUGUCCGAGGGCGUUCGGGAAUGAGCGACUAGCUGCUACCGUGGAGGAAAUAUUCGGAGUGUUAGAGAGAACAAUAGCCGAGUACGACGUGGAACGUUGUCGAACAAAAGGGGAUGACCAGCGACAACAACAACUACUGGACGCCUCAAAUGGAGUCACGCGGGGCAGAGAUCAGUGAAGAGCAGAAGAAGCCACAGCCCCCCCACGUUAAAGAAGAAGAAGAGGAGGAGCCACAGCCUCCACACGUUAAAGAAGAGGAGGAGGAGCACAGCGUCACUCAGGAGGCGCCGGACCUCAGAAAGUUUCCAGUGAUCCGUGUGAUUGUGAAGAGUGAAGAUGAUGAAGACGAAGCUCAAUGGUCACCGCGUGAGGAGAAGAGAAGAUCACACGCAGACAGCCUGCUACCGCCGCUGUCAGACAGUGACGAUACGGCGUCGCACUCUCCCGACACUGACGACGAAGACUCUAAAGCUGAUAUGACGCGUCACGCUGACAGCACACGCUUCAAAUGCUUCCAGUGCGACAAAACCUUCAGUGACAGCAUCGCAUUGGAAGUCCACAUGACGUGUCACACAGGCGACAAAACAUUCAGCUGCCCAUUUUGCGAUAAAGGCUUCCCGAGAAAUAGUAAUUUGAAAUUACACAUGAGAACACACACUGGAGAGAAACCGUAUUCCUGCUUGGUGUGCGAUAAAAAGUUCUCAAUAAAGGGAAAUUUGAUGAAACACGCAAGCACACACACUGGAGAGAAACCAUUUCCCUGCCCAGUUUGCAGCAAAAGAUUCUCUCGCAAAGGCAAUUUGAUGGCACACACGAGGACUCACGCCGGGGAAAAAAACGAGAAAACAUUUUCCUGCUCAGCCUGUGCGACGAGUUUUGGCAUGCGCUCAACAUUGUUGCGGCACAUGAGGACACACACCGGUGAGAAACCUUUUCCCUGCUCAGUUUGUGGCCAAACAUUUUCUCAAAAGGGACAUCUAAUGAGACACAUGAGGACUCACAGCGGCGAGAAACCUUUCCCUUGCUCUGUUUGUGGGAAAAGAUUCACUCAGAAAGGCAGCCUGAUGACACACAUGAGAACACACAGUGUGGAUAAACCUUUUCCCUGCUCGGUUUGUGGACAGAGAUUCUCUCAAAAAGGCAAUUUAAUGAAACACCAAAGAACGCACACUGGAGAGAAACCAUUCAGUUGCAAUGUAUGCACUAAAAAGUUCUCCUACAAGUAUCAGCUUAGUCGGCAUGAGUGUGCUGGUGAGAAGAGCAGCAGCACAUGAAGAUGCAGAUGCGUGAGUAAAAAAGUAGUGUGAUGUUU